AUGUCAAUUAUUGUUAAAAAAUUUCUAAAGACCAACCUCUUGGAAAAGCAACACUUUAACAAACACACUGAAAGAGAGAGAAGACGAUUGGAGUACAUUAAUAAAUCUAUAUCUGACCGCAAGGCUUACCUUUGUUUGUCUCCCACUGAACAAUACAUAUUGAACGACAAAUCCUUACAUCAUUCAAGACAAGAGCAGCGAAUGUAUGAUUUCAAGACUCCCUUCGACAAUGACGCGUGUGUUGAAAGAAAGGAGAAGUCUAAGGAAAUGACACUCACUAUGGCACUUUCAUCGAUGAAAAAUAGUAAUUCAAUUCAGCAAAGAACAAAGGCAAAAAAAAGACUAACCUUUUUAGAAUCCAUUGUAUUUUCCCCAGAUGGAACACUCAAAAUCCUUUGGGAUUUUUUGUGUAUGUUUCUAAUAUUCUAUGAAAUUUUGUCGAUCCCUUUUAGAAUCAGUUUCGAUUUCGAGAUAAGCAAUGAACUUAGUACAUUCAUCACUGCUAUUUUCUUGAUUGACAUCGUAGUUACAUUCAACACAGCAGUCUGGAUCAAAGGAACAAUCAACUAUCAAUAUUCAACGAUAUUCAAACAGUAUAUGAAACUUUGGUUCUGGUUGGAUCUCAUUGCAUCUUUCCCCUAUGAUAUGAUUAUAGAAUCUGUAUUGUUAUCUGAUGCCGAAGAAACUGAUUCAACUACCAAAAAUGCUGGAUCAUCUAAAACCUUACAAUAAAGCGCUUAAAUUUUGAGACUAUUAAAAUUCUUUCGAUUUAUUAAGAUCAUUAGAUUACUUCGGUUAGCAAAACUAAAAGUGAUUUUCGAUAAAAUAGAGGAACAAUUACAGACCUAUACUACCAUAAAUACAAUUGCUAGCUUCCUUAAGUUAAGUUUUUUUGUAUUAUUUUGGUCGCACUGGUUGGGGUGCAUCUUUCACUUUGUAGGAAUGCAGGAAGAUCCGAAUCACAAUUGGUUAGUCGUUGCUGGGAUUUACGAUUAACCUGUAGAAGUAAGAUAUGUGACAUCAAUCUAUUGGGCUGUCACCACCAUGAUUACUGUUGGCUAUGGAGACAUCUCCCCUUAAACAACCACCGAGAGAUUUUGUGGAAUAUUCUUCUUAUUGGUAGCUUGUGGGGUGUUGUCAUUUACAAUGAAUUCCAUAGGAAAUACCAUGUAAUAAAUGAGUUAAAAAAAAGAUUAGUAAAAAAAGAAUAUUGCUGAAAUCAACAAUUACAUGCAGAAAGUAAAGAUACCCAAACACCUCUAGUAGAGAGUAAGAAAGUAUUUAUAAUACAUUUGGGAUUCGAGUAGACUUAUUAAACUGGAUGCAAUCACUGUUAAUCUAUCCUAAGAAUUGAAAUAGUUGUUAACUGUCCAUGUUAAUGGCAAUAUCUUAGCUACUUAUACAAAUUUCUGUAAGACCUUCUCUCGUGUCCUCCUCUUAGACAUUACUCAAAUCUUAUUCGAGUAGACUGCACAACCAGAUGAAUAUAUCAUCAUUGAAGAUAACCCCAAAAAUUCACAUCAUCUCUAUUUCAUUCAAGACGGAUUGAUCAACAUUGUGUUGCCUAAGACUCGACAGGUUGUAGCCAAAUUAACUAAUAAGUAAAUCUUUGGGGAGAUCAACUUCUUUGGAAAUGUAGGUCGAACUGCCUCAGCCAAGAGUGAAGGGUUUAGCGAUUUGUUUGUUCUCAAAAGGGAGGACUUCUUGCAGAUAUUGCAAAAAUACCCUAAGGAUUUUGAGAAGUUCUAUUUAAUCUAAGAGGAAGUCAAUAAACAUCAAUUUUAAGUUCUUUAGAUACAUUGCUUUGCUUGUGAAUUGCCAGGACAUGUUGUUAGGGAUUGUCCACAAUUGCAUUUCCUUGUGGAUCUAUAUGUGUAUAAUAAAACAAAGAAUAGAUGCAUCAGAUAAAUCAUGAAGGAGUAUGUGAGAAAGGAUAGAGUACAUUUUAAUGCCAUCAAGCAUUAAUAGCUUAUCAAGAAAGAGGCAUUAAGUAUCUAAACUGUAAUCCCAAUGACAGGAUUUAUUGUAGAAGAGUGUAAUUUGGAUGAUGGCCAAUUUAAAACUAUUCAAUUUAAAAGUGUUCCCUAACCUUUUAAAAUCAAAUCAAAAUUCAAAGAAGAUCGAAGCAGAAGAAGAGAAAUAUAAAAGGUCAUGCGUGCAUAAUAGAACUAAGUCUAAAUGAUCAAUCAAAAACAAAAUGAUCUCUAUAAUCUUACUAAAUCUCUCUCUUAAUUAAUUUAAUCCUCAACACCCUCAUUAAACAUGCAGAGCAGCAGUAUAAGUCAUAGUAAAAUUAAUGAAAAUGAAAGUUCAGAGGAAGAAAGUGAUUCAGAGACAAUCUAAUAGAAAUUGGAUGAAAUCAUAUUAGAAUAUUAAGUUUAAAAAGAAAAUUAAAUUUAAGAGAAUCUAUUCACUUAAAAUAAAGGUUAAUAAACUUAUUCUUUGAUUGAUCAUUUUGAAGUUGGAUUUGAUUUUGAAAUUUAUAACACUCACAAUAAUUUAUCAGUUGUUUUGAAAGAAGUUUAAAAGUAUUACAAUGGUGCACAAAUAAAACCAAAAAUAGACACUGAAUACGAUGUCAAUGUGUUUGAAGAAUACUUGGAUUAUUAUGCAAUCAAUAUUGAGGAUAUCAAUAGAUUUAGACUUGAAGUCAAACCAGAAAGAUUAAAGCAAUUUUUACCAUUUACUACUUUAGUUGAAAUAAAAUAAUCAAGACAAUUUAAAUUAAAUUAAGGACGCAUGAAAAAUCCAUAACGAUAAUCUGAAGUAAGUUCCUCUGAACACUAUUCAAAAAAGAUGUGGAUAAGUUGA